AUGCAUAUUUUUCGGACCGAUAGCAUAGAAAACGAACAGAUCAGAACAUUUCAAGCUCUUCAAUCACCGUCAUUGAAUACAAUGAAACAUGGAGAUGGGCAUUCAAUAGCUGAGUUCUUUGUUUAUGCUGUAAAACGACGUCAUGCUGAAGAAUUAUAUAAAUUUCAAAAAGACUAUCAAUCAAUUUUCGCUGACUCAAUUUGGUGGCGUACACAUAAUUACAUAGCGCAACGACCCGUGGCACAAAAUACAUUGUUGAGUUCUCUUUACGUUCUAUGUCAAUAUUUUCGACGGCCACCAAAAGGCAAAACAGAUGAAAGAAAAAAAUUGCAGAAUCAAUUUAUUAAUCAUCUCCGGCAAUACUUAUUUCGUCCAUUUGUACUUGCACUAAAGCAUUUACUAGAAGGUAGAAUAUUUUCGUACGAGAAAACUCUUCUAGCCGACUGUUUCCUUCGACUUCUAUCUGAACUCUAUUCAAAGUUCGUUCCAGAGUAUUUAUUGGGAACUUGCACACCAUAUUUAAUAUGUAAAUUAUUCGUCGACUGUGGUGGUAGCAAGAUUACUCAUGACGUAUUUACGACAUAUCGUCUCACAUAUUCCAAUCAAAAAGAAGUAGUACACUACUUCAGUGACCCAGUAAUUGUAUUGGGUCCUAAUUAUAAUGAGGAUCUUAUAUACGAGAGUAAAGAAUGUAAGCAGUUGAAGAGCAAGAGACUCGUAGAUAUUUUAUCGCUUAUUCAAUACUUAAGAACACUUGCUAAGAAUGAUGUCCAACAUCAAUCUAAAAUCGAUUCGUAUACAAUUGACAGUUGGCCUGAAACAUAUUCAACAGAAUUACUCCGCCUUGCACAGGAGCAGCCCGCAUUUCCACCAACAGUGAUAACAUCCGAUUUCCAACAGUUUUCGAUGCUAACUCGGAAUUCGAUGGAGGACGUAAUUCAACAUGGUACUCGCGUUUUACAGGACCGACUCUUGUUAUUAUGCAGUAGACAAGUGUGCAUAUGUCUCUUGUGCAAACAAGUAUCCUCGGACAAUGGAAAUAUCGACUAUGAGUUGACAUGCUUCUUACCAAUCAAUAGAUCUCUCAAAACCGAUAUAACUGUUCGCUUAUCGGAUGCCUUUUAUAGUAAUCCGGAACGACCCGAUCUUAAAUUACCACCAUCAUUUCGAUCCCAGCUGCACUUCAUAUUUGAACCAAGAAAUUUUGCACCACCAGUGGAGCAAAUCACACUUGUUGUAUUGGACAUCAGUGCUUCAAUGCUCGAGCGAAGAGCCGAAGAAAACUUCGAACCGGUGCGUCUACUUGAUAUCAGUAAAAAGAUGCUAAUAAAACUCAGUCGAAAUUUGCAUAAGCAAUUACGUCCGAACGCUAUUGGCCUAAUGUUAUUUGGUAAAAUUACGCAAAUUCAUUGUCCAAUUACGCGUAGUGCACAUAAAUUCGAAGAAGCUGUGCGCAAAAUACCAUCUGACAUUCAAAAUUGGACAAAUAUCUAUGGUGCUAUCGAAGAAGGAUUGAAACAAAUAGAAGCCUACGAUUUUAACUACGGUAAUAAAGGAAAAUGCAAUAAAUUGAUGGUGUGCAUCACCGAUGGUAUCAACAAUCGCCCAGUGCGAGAUUUACAGGGCUUGAAACGUCGUAUCCGACGAGCAAAUGUUGCCAUUGAUCUGGUUUCCUUUCGAGAAACUCAAGCUGGACUGAUGCAUGCUGACACCAAUAAGAUAAUUAAUCAUUUACGUGUUCUUUGUGAAAGUUCGGGAGGCGUCAUUUACCGAAAUGCAACGGUAAAACCUCUUGAACUCGAGGCAAUAUUUGAGCAAGAAGCCGUUUUAUGGCUAGAAGCUCGUGAAAAGCCGGAACAAGUUAGAAUUGGUGUAGGAAGACGCAGAGACGCUCCACAACGAAAAUUUCCCCGAGAAUUAUUAGAUCCUGCCGUACGCAUUCGACCUCAACAAAAAUUCACUAGCAAAGCUGUUCAGACAUUGUGUCGCGAGAAACGUCUUGAAUACGAAGCAAAUGAGCUUGUUCACGAAAGAAAUAGACUAACAGAUCUGAUCGAUGUAUACGUUCGUAGAGUUGACAAUGAUCAGAAAGAUUACGCGUUUUGGAAAGUGACGCUCAAGGUAAGAGUCAGAUCUGUCAGACCCUACUACUGA